UUUCUCCUCCAGCCGGGCUAUUCAAACCUGCAGAUCUAAGUAAACAAUCAUUCGUGCACUUAAUGCAAAUACUGCGGCGUUUUACUCGUCGCUCUUUUCAUCUGAAAUCACGCGCUUUAUUUGUGUGGCUUCAUUUUGGGGGAUCUGCAGAAUAUGGCGCCCUGUCCUUAUAAAAAUAAGACAGGCUGCCAUUUUUGUUUUCCUUUUGUCUGAAUUUUUUAAUAAAACUGUCUGAGAAUGCGCGAGAGGCUGCACUCAUACAAGGCACGAGACGCGUCCGUGAUUCAGCGACUGCUUUCAAUUCGACGUUUGAUCGAAGGCGUCGUGCUUUAAUUGAGAAUCAUCUCAAGGAUGCCGAUACAAUAAAAGAAAAAGUUGAAAUGGCAGAACCUCGAUUUAAUAAUCCAUACUUCUGGCCUCCUCCACCAUCUAUUCCUGGUCAGUUGGAUAACCUCGUGCUGAUCAACAAGAUCAAAGAACAGCUCAUGGCGGAGAAAAUCAGACCUCCACACCUGUCGCCCACUUCUGUCCCGUCCCAGCAGCCCUUGCUGGUGCCGCCCACGUCCACAGAAGCCGGGCAGCACAAUAUAUCAACGCCUAAGCUGCAGCACAUGCCGGGCCUCCACGCUCACAGCACCACCCAGCCCGACAUCGCCCUGCACGCCCGACCUGCCUCCAGCACCGUCGCAGGUCGUAUUCUGGGGGACGUCAACUUGAAUCUGGACGACAAAGCGGCUAUUAAAGCAAGAGGAUUGUGGGAAGACUGGCAUUUGCGGCAAAUCAUAGACCAGCCAUCCCGAGUGAAUCAUCUGUCAGGGCUGUCGCUGACGUCUUCUCGAACUGCCAACCACAACACGUCAGAGAGCGUGACGCCGAGCACCCCGACGUCUCCAACCAGCACCAGUCAGACGCGUCAGGGUGGCGCACCUUCCCCAAACCUCAUCUCAGGACUGUCUGGUGGGCCAGGGAUGGACUUUAUCAAAAACAGCGGAGGACUGGCAGGACUGCUGGGUCCUCCUCCGAAGAGCAUAGGACGAGGGCGCAAAAAGAUCAAAGCUGAAAACCCCUCUGGGCCGCUCUUAGUCGUUCCCUACCCAAUCCUGGCUUCUGGAGCCGACCAAUCAACUGUCUGUAUCACUGCCAAAGAGGGCAAAACCUACAGAUGUAAAGUGUGUCCGCUGACGUUCUUCUCCAAGUCGGACAUGCAGAUACACUCCAAGACCCACACGGAAGCAAAGCCACACAAGUGCCCUCAUUGCACCAAGUCCUUCGCCAACGCGUCCUACCUGGCCCAACACCUGCGCAUUCACCUGGGAGUGAAGCCGUAUCACUGCUCCUACUGCGAGAACUCCUUCCGCCAGCUCUCACACUUACAGCAGCACACCAGAAUCCACACAGGUGAUCGGCCGUAUAAAUGUCUCCAACCAGGCUGUGAAAAAGCCUUCACACAGCUCUCCAAUCUGCAGUCUCACCAGAGAUCACAUAAUAAAGACAAGCCUUACAAGUGCUCCAACUGUUACCGCGCUUACUCUGACUCCGCCUCCCUCCAAAUCCACUUGUCGGCUCACGCAAUCAAAAACGCCAAGGCAUUUUGCUGCAGCAUGUGUGGUCGAGCCUACACCUCAGAGACCUACCUUAUGAAACACAUGUCUAAGCACACGGUGGUAGAACAUCUGGUGAGUCAACACUCACCACAGAGGACCGAAUCUCCCAGCGUUCCCGUUCGCAUUUCCCUCAUCUGAGCACGCUGUCCUGGACCAGCCCACGGUCGGUCAGUCCUUCCCAAGCUAAAUCGCCUGUUCUCGGUGGUUUGACGUUUAUUUGUGUGUGUGUGUGUGUUUGUUAGUUUGUUUCAGUUUUGAGAACAUUCCGACAUGUAUUAGACUGUGUGGAUAGAGGCUCAAACACAGCAGCGGUUUAGGACGCAUUCCUCUUCUCCGACUCAUUGCUGAGAUGAGAGAGGGAAUAAUCGGGAAAUCCAAAGAUGGUUUCACAGCACUUUCAGGCCACACAGUUUUGGCUUUAAAUGUUUCUGGUCUGUUACGACAAUAAAGGCAUUGCUCUUGGCAGCUAAACGUUUGGGACUGUAGGCAUUAUGCAUUAUAAAAUCAGAAGACAUACAUUGUAUGUUUAAAGCUUGGACCAAGUCCAGUACCUCCUCAUAUUUUUCUAUGCUGUCUGGAAAAAAAAUAAAAAUUUAAAUCCCCUUCUUUUGGGCAACUCAAGUCGGUUCAGAGACCAACGGUCUUGUGUUUUGGUAAUGUCAAUCAUACAAUAUUUUUCUUUCAUAUCACAACAUCUCCUCGCUUGUAGGGAAACCUAACUGAAAAUAGCUUUAGCAUUAAAUGUUAACUUUAACUAAAGGACUGUUAUGAAUCUGACUUUACAGACAAAUCCGCACAUUUAGAUGUUUUGCAAGAUUAAUCCUUUAGUGCUUUACAAAUGCUUGUGGACUGGUGCCAAAAAUAGAAUAUGAAAAUGGUUCUCAAAACGUUCUGAUGUUUCAGAAUGGACACGUAUAGUGUUUAAAAUGAACACUUUAAAAAAGUGACGCUUCAAAGCCCCUGUGUUAUGUUGCGGAUGUCAGCAUGCAUUUGAUAUUCUAGAUGGCUGAAAACUGGCAAGAAAUGUUCAGACUUAUAUUUUGAAAUAUUAUUAUUUUAUUUUAUUUUUUUUUGCAUAGAGGCAUGUCUACAUUUAAUAUGUAUGUAUAUUUAAUAUGAAUCUACGUUUAAUAUCUGUAUUAAUAUUGCAUUACAUCACUGUUGGAAACAGUUGUGCUGGUUAAUAUUUAUAAACUGUAUUUUUUCAUAUUUAUAGACCUGUGAUACUUUUUCAGAAUUAUAAAAAAAGUUAAAAAGAACAGUGUUUAUUCCAAAUAUAAAUUUUGUGUUAGAAUAUAUGCUACUAUUCUUUGUUUUAGUUUUUUAUUCAGCAAUGAUUUGUUAAAUGGAUAAAUAAUGAUAGUAAAGACAUAUUGUUAGAAAAUAUUUAUACUUUGAAUAAAUGCUGAUCUUUUUAAGUUUUUAUUCAUCAAAGAAUCAAAGAAAGUAUCAAGGUUCCCCAAAAAAAUAGUAAGCAGCACAACAGUUUGAUAACACUGAUAAUAAAUCAUCAUAUUAGAAUGAUUUCUGAAGGAUCAUGUGACACUGAAGACUGGAGGAAUGAUGUAAAUGUAAAUUAAAAUAGGAAACCACUAUUAGAAAUUGCAAUCGUAUUUCACAAUAUUACGGUUUUUGUUUCAGUGUAUUGAUCAAAUAAAUACAGCCUUGAAAGAGACUCAAUAAAAAAAAAAGAUUAGACUUAUUUCAUACUUUUGAAUGGCAGUGUGUUUAUUUUAACAUUAUAAUAUUAGUAUCAAUAUCAUAUUAUUUUUGUUUUGGAACAUUUUCUCGAGUGUCAUGAAAUUACACAAAAAAAAAAAUCGUAUUGGUCCUCAGAAAAUAGGCUUCAUUUUGUUUUGUUCAAAAUAUAUUUGAGUGUUUUUUCUUUUGAUUCGAGGGUGAAAUAUAUGGCCUGGACAUGUUCUUGUGAGAUUCAGCCAUUAUACACACACAGGAGAGAACAAUACUGCGGGAAAAAGAGUUGCCCAUGAGAUUUGUGUAGCUGUAUCAACGUCUAGAAUACCUCCUUGGCUUAUUAUUCAUGUUUAUACUUAUCAUGUUGAAAUAUUAACAACUAACAUGUUAAUUUUACACAUUUUAAGCCUUAACCAUUUUAUCUCUAGUUGUUUACCAUUACAUUUUAUAUAUAAAUAUAUAUUUUAUACCAUAUUGGUGUUUACUUGUGUACUCAGUACUUUUCUGUAGUUUUAUUUCCUAGCAUGAACAUGCUGUAAAUAAUCUAUACAGUACUUAAGUGUUAACCAGUUUAUAUCAAAUGACUACAUGUCUAGUUAUUAUCAAAUAUACCUUUUGAAUUGUCUUGAAUUGUGGUACUCUAUAAGGUUUGCCUUGGCAAAGUCAAGACAUGGAAAGGGAAAGGACUUUGUAAAAGUAAGCAAAUAAAUAAACGAGAAAAUUCUGUAGCAGUC